AGGGCCCCUGUGCCCUGGCUUUGACUCGGUGCUCUGUGGGUAGUAUGGUGGAUGGGAAGGGGUGGGUCCUCAGUGCAUCACCUGAGUGUGGGGUAAAUGUAGAGAGUGUCAAUCACAGGCAGCAGCAGCAGAGCUCAGAGCUGGGAAGGAGCUACAGAUGGCGGCUGUGCCUUAGAGAGCUCACUCGGCUCGCAGCCUUCCCGUCACUUCGGCAGUUUUCCGGGCAUCCUACUUCAGAGGCCAGCCUGUCCCCGGUGUAACCAUGAUGACGGAUAAAGAGGAAGACGGCUCAGUCCACAGCAAUGCAUCCAGCCAUUCCGCAUCAGAAGAAUCCAACCACUCUGCAUCAGAGUCCGGUAGCCAGUCGGAGAGUGAACAUGCCAGCGAAUCCAACAGCAGCUCAGAAUCAUCGGAAAGUCAGUCUGACUCGGAAUGCGAAUCGACGGGCUCCAAAACACAGGACGUCCAGUCAGAUGCAAAAGAAAAGACUGUUCCCAAAAAGGAGAGAAUAGCUGAUGUGAAAAAGGCAAGAUGUGUUAUGGACUAUAAACAAAUGUGGGAUGAAUACCCUGAUGUUUAUGGGGUAAGGAGGUCCAACCGAAGCAGACAAGAGCCAUCAAGAUUUAAUAUUAAACCCGGGAGCACAGAUUCUGAAAGUGAAAGCCCUAAAAGGAGAAGUCUAAGAAACAUUCGAAAGCAGGAAAAGAAAAACAUAUCAGAUGACGAUGAGGAGGCCAGUAGUGGAGAAAGUGACUUGGAACAACCAAGAGUCAGAUCACGACGGUUGGCGUUAAAGAGAGCUUCAUCCAGAGCUUGUACAAGGAGUCAAAAAAAAUCUCAGCGUGGAAAGAAGAAGAAGACUGAUUCCACGGAGGAUGAUGAUGAUGAAGAUGAUGAUGACGAAACUCCUAAAAGGCAGACGAGGCGCAGAAUGGCUAAAACUGUUAGCUACAAAGAAGAUGAUGACUUUGAAACAGAUUCUGAUGAUCUGAUUGAAAUGGCAGGAGAGGAAGUAGAGGAGCCAGAAGAUAGUCAUGAGACUAUUGAGAAAGUAUUGGAAUCCAGAAAUGGGAAGAAAGGAGCUACUGGAGCCUCAACGACCGUUUAUGCUACUGAAGCUAAUGGGAAUCCUUGCGCUGACUUUAACCCUGAAACGGACGAAGUGGAGCAGCAAUAUCUUAUCAAAUGGAAGGGCUGGUCUUAUAUCCACAGCACAUGGGAGAGUGAGGAGUCUCUACAGCAACAGAAGGUGAAAGGCCUGAAAAAGCUGGAGAAUUUUAAGAAGAAGGAGGAUGAAAUCAAUCAAUGGUUGUCAAAGGUUACUCCUGAAGAUGUAGAGUAUUUUAACUGCCAACAAGAGUUGUCAUUAGAACUGAACAAGCAGUAUCAAAUCGUUGAGAGAGUCAUAGCUGUUCAAACUGGUAAAUCUGCUUCUGGACACUCUGACUUUCCAGUCCACAGCAGGAAGAACUCCUCCUCAACUGAGCCGGAGUACCUGUGCAAGUGGAUGGGUCUCCCCUAUUCUGACUGCAGCUGGGAAGACGGAGCACUUAUUGGGAAAAAAUUCCAGCACUGUAUUGAUAGCUUCCACAACCGAAAUAACUCAAAAAACACCCCUGUGAAAGACUGCAAGAUCUUGAGACAAAGACCCCGGUUUGUGACACUGAAAAAACAGCCUUCCUAUAUUGGUGGUGAGGGACUUGAACUCCGGGAUUAUCAGCUGGAAGGUCUCAACUGGCUAGCUCACUCUUGGUGCAAGACCAACAGUGUAAUACUUGCAGAUGAGAUGGGCCUGGGAAAGACUAUUCAGACAAUAUCCUUCCUCUCCUACCUGUUUCACCAUCAUCUGCUUUAUGGGCCAUUUCUCUUAGUGGUGCCCUUAUCUACUCUAACAUCCUGGCAGCGAGAGUUUGAAGUGUGGGCCCCUGAGAUAAAUGUUGUGGUUUAUAUCGGAGACCUUGGAAGUAGGAACACGAUACGAGAGUAUGAGUGGGUUCAUCAACAAAGCAAGAAGAUGAAGUUUAAUGCACUACUAACAACCUAUGAGAUUUUACUGAAGGACAAGGCUGUGUUGAGCAGUAUUAAUUGGACUUUUCUUGGGGUCGAUGAAGCACAUCGGUUGAAGAAUGAUGACUCCUUGCUUUAUAAGACACUUAUAGACUUCAAGUCCAACCAUAGGCUGUUAAUCACUGGGACUCCUCUCCAGAAUUCUCUGAAGGAACUCUGGUCACUCCUGCACUUUAUUAUGCCAGAGAAAUUUGAGUAUUGGGAGGACUUUGAGGAGGAACAUGGUAAAGGAAGAGACAAUGGUUAUCAGAGUCUCCACAAAGUCCUUGAACCCUUCUUAUUGCGUAGAGUAAAGAAAGAUGUAGAAAAGUCUCUUCCAGCCAAAGUAGAGCAGAUUCUCCGAGUGGAGAUGUGUGUUCAGCAGAAACAGUAUUACAAGUGGAUCUUAACAAGAAACUACAAGGCUUUGACCAAGGGGACAAGAGGUAGCACGUCCGGUUUCCUUAACAUUGUAAUGGAACUGAAGAAGUGCUGCAACCACUGUUAUCUCAUUAAGUUCCCAGAGGAUACAGAAAAGGAAACCAGGCUUGAGGGACUGCAGUCUUUGAUCCGGAGCAGUGGGAAGCUCGUUCUUCUAGAUAAGCUGCUGACCCGACUGCGUGAGAGAGGUAACAGAGUGCUCAUCUUCUCUCAGAUGGUGCGCAUGUUGGACAUCCUGGCUGAAUACCUUACAAUAAAACACUACCCUUUUCAGAGACUCGAUGGCUCAAUAAAAGGAGAGCUUCGGAAACAAGCGCUGGAUCACUUUAAUGCUGAAGGCUCAGAGGAUUUCUGUUUCUUACUUUCCACACGUGCUGGUGGUCUUGGAAUAAACUUGGCGUCCGCCGACACCGUUGUAAUUUUCGACUCUGACUGGAAUCCUCAGAAUGAUUUGCAGGCUCAAGCUAGAGCUCACAGGAUUGGUCAGAAGAAACAGGUAAAUAUUUACCGACUGGUGACGAAGGGAACCGUAGAAGAAGAGAUUAUAGAACGGGCAAAGAAGAAGAUGGUCCUCGACCAUCUUGUAAUCCAACGAAUGGAUACCACUGGCCGGACUGUGCUGGAAAACAACUCCGGAAGUACAAACUCCAAUCCAUUUAACAAGGAUGAGUUGGCUGCUAUUCUGAAGUUCGGAGCAGCAGACCUCUUUAAGGAACCUGAAGGAGAGGAGUCAGAGCCUCAGGAACUGGACAUUGAUGAGAUACUACGCUUGGCAGAGACCAGAGAGAAUGAACCAAGUUCCAGUGCCACUGAUGAGCUGCUGUCUCAAUUCAAGGUGGCUAACUUUGCAACCAUGGAAACCGUAGAGACUGAACUGGAAGAACAGGCACAAAAAGAAUGGGAUGACAUUAUUCCUGAGGGACAGAGGAAGAAAAUAGAAGAUGAAGCUCGUCAGAAAGAGCUGGAGGAGAUUUACAUGCUUCCCAGGAUUCGGAGUUUGAACAAAAAGGCCCCGGCAAAUGACAGUGAGUCUGAUCUGGAGUCCAAGCAAAAGGCUCAGCGGUCCUCAGGGUCAGAGAGCGACUCUGAUGAUUCAGAUGAUGAUAGAAAACCGAAGCGGAGAGGGCGUCCACGCAGUGUUCGGAAGGACACUGUGGAGGGAUUCACAGAUGCAGAGAUUAGAAGGUUUAUAAAGGCCUACAAGAAGUUUCCGACUCCCCUAGAAAGGCUGGAGUGCAUUGCUCGUGAUGCAGAGCUUGUGGAGAAAUCAGUGGCUGAUCUCAAGAGGCUGGGAGACCUCCUGCACUCAAGCUGUGCCUCAGCCAUGCAGGAGUUCGAAGAGCACUUGAAAGAGAAUCCCACUGAUGGGAAAGGUCCGGGCAAGAGGAGGGGUCCAACUAUUAAAAUUUCUGGUGUCCAAGUGAAUGUAAAAGCCAUUAUUCAACAUGAGGAAGAUUUUGAAAUUCUCAGCAAAAUAAUCCCUAAAGAAGCCGAGGAGAAGAAAAAGUUCCGAUUGUCCAGUCGUGUCAAAGCUGCUCAUUUUGACGUAGAUUGGGACGUAGAAGAGGACUCCCAAUUGCUCUUGGGGAUUGUUGAACAUGGCUAUGGAAACUGGGAGCUCAUUAAAAGUGACCCUGAAUUAAAGUUGUCUGACAAGAUCUUGCCUGUGGAAACUGAGAAAAAACCUCAAGCAAAACACUUACAGACCAGAGCCGACUACCUGCUGAAAUUGGUGAAGAAAGAAAUGGAGAAGAAAGAUGGCGGUCAGGGGGAAGAGACAAAAACAAAGAAGCGAAGGCCACGUGCAAAGAAAGAUGGAGCAGGGAAAGCAAAAGAUGAGCACGGCAAUGACAUCUCAUCUCCUAGGAAUUCUGACAAUCCUUCAGAAGAUGGAGAUAGGAAGGAGGAUGGCACACUGAAGAGCCCAAACAAGAAGAAGCAAAAGAAAAAAGAUAAUAAGGAAAAUAAGGAUAAACAGAACCAAAAAAAAGAUGGCCCCAAAGAGAAGAGAAAGGCAAAGGAGAAGCCAAAGCGAGGUGAAGCCAAGGCUGGUGCCAGGAGCAAAAAGAACCAGGGACCGGUCCACAUUACUGCAGGAAGUGAUCCUGUUCCCAUCGGGGAAGAAGAGGAUGAUGAUUUGGACCAGGAAACCUUCAGCAUUUGUAAAGAGAGAAUGAGGCCUGUGAAAAAGGCCCUCAAACAGCUGGAUAAACCAGACAAGGGUCUGACGGUUCAGGAGCAGCUAGAGCACACCAGGACCUGCCUGCUGAAGAUUGGAGACCGCAUCUCUGAGUGCCUUAAAUCUUACUCUGACCAAGAACAUACUAAGCUAUGGAGAAGAAAUCUCUGGAUUUUUGUCUCUAAAUUUACGGAAUUUGAUGCCAGGAAGCUGCACAAGUUGUACAAAAUGGCACAUAAAAAAAGGGCCCAGGAAGAAGAGGAGCAAAAGAAGAAAGACUCCCCUCCUAGCAAGAAACCCUUUCGACAGGAGCCAUCUGGGUCCAGUCGUGACUCUGCCAGCUCACAGCCAUAUGGUCUCCAUACGCAACAAAAGCCUCACGAUAUGCCACCACAUCCUCAGCACAUGCACGGGCACCAAAGAGAAAACUUCCCCAGUCCCAACAAGAGACCAUUCAAUAAUACAGAUCGAGGGGAGUGGAGGGAUCGGAAAUUUAACUACGGAGGCAACAACAACCAGCCAUGGGGUAGUGAUCGCCACCACCAGUAUGAACAGCACCGGUACAAAGAUCAUCACUAUUCAGACCGGCGUCCCCAUGGCGACCCUCGGAGGAACUCCGCAAAUUACAGGGCAAAUGCGGUAUCCCGCAAGAGGCCUUAUGAGCAUUACAACAAUGAACGGGAUCACCGUGUUUACAGGGAAUAUUAUGACAGACAUCACCAUGAGAAGCGAAGAAGAACAGAUGAAUUUCGUCCUCCGGGUUACCAUCAGCAGGACUUCAGGAGAAUGGGGUCUGACCACAGGCCACCCAUGGGAUACCAUGGUCAAGGACCUUCAGACCAUUAUCGUUCAUUCCAUCCAGAAAAGCCCGGGGAGUACAAAGGUUCUUCCCAGCAGUCAUCCUCUCUUUCAGAUCCUCGUUCUCCUCCAACACAGAAAUCCCCUCACGAUUCCAAAUCGCCAAUGGACAGAUCAUUAGAACAGAAGAGUACAGACUACAAUUGGAACACGAGGAAAACAUAGUGGAGAACAUUUUGGAGCCCUAAUAAAUGCCCAACAUUGUCACUUGCUGCUAUGGAUUGCACAUGUGAGAGUUAUGGCUAAUUUUUUGAGAAAAGUUCCAACAACUGUGCUAAGUGUAUGAGUAGAUGUCUAUAUUUCCCAUAUGCUUGUUAAAUGUUUUUAUAGCAGUUCGGUAAGCUCCUCCUCAACUGUAGGUGGGAUCUGAGACACUGCGACAUGAAAUCAUUCGUAAAGGAUGGGCGUAGUGCGCGUGUUCACUUUCGUUUUUCAGGGCCAUAAAAACGGAGUCUCAUGCGUUCAUAUGACAGACUGGUUACUCUUGCUGCCAGAGAUGCACAGUGUACUCUCAUUGCGGACUAUGCCAUGGAGAGAGAGAAUCAGUGGCUGUGGUUUCAAAAGAUUUCUAUACAAAAAUAGAUUUUUAUUUUUGUUAUUUUGUGUGGGGGUUUUUUUCAGAAGAGGACAGAAGGUGAAAAACUUGUUACAGAGUGUGUAAGGAAGUCCUGAUAACAAUGUCUUUCAAUCUUCCAGCAUUUCAGAAUAUUCCUUCAGAUUUCCAGCUGUCUUGGAACCCAGUGUCAAAGUUUAUACAUUGUGACAAUGUAAAUAUGCGCACCCUUUCUUAGAUCUAUUGUAUAAUGAGGGACUGAAGGCAAAAACUAUGAAGUUCUUGAAAGUGCAAUGAAAUUGUACCCACUUCAUUUAAUGUGUAAGGGCACAGCAGGUUACACAACAAAAGAGUGGUAUUCAGUUCUCAAACACAACAUUUCAGGAACACAACAUGGGAAAGAGUUGAGAACUGUCUGAGGCAUCGCUAAGGUUACUUGCCACAAACCACUUCAGUGUUCUCUAAACUAUCAGUUACUGUAGGUAAAAUAUUCAGACAUCAGUCAUUGUAAGUAAUCUGACAGAUUUCACAGUGUUGUUUCAUCCUACAUUUAACAGAACUACUUCUAUUGUUAUAUAAAUUAACUAAUGAAAAGGAAUGUGCAGGUUAAUUAAAAAUCUUAUAAUUGCCUGAAAAUGUAUAAAAAAAAAUCUUCUUACAGAUAAGGGUACUUUUCCUGUUUUUUUCUAGAUGUUCUGUUUCAAUACGAAGACUGGAGUCUAAUACUUGUGAUUAACCUGUGUAUUGUUAUUUUCCUGUAGGCAGUAAGUACUCACCUGCAUCCUUAUUGAAUAUGCAGUUACUCCUGAUAGCACUGUUAGGCAUUUGUAAAGUCCUGUAAGUUCUGGAUUACUCUGCAUUUGUUGGCGAGCAAGCGGAAUUACCAUUUGUUAUGGACAUUACUUGUUUACAAUGUUCUAAAGUCACUCUUAGAUCUAUUUUUCAUUAAAAGAAAAAGGGAAAUGAUACAUUUAUUUAUUCUCCUUUUUCAUAGAUCCUUCUCAUUUUAUUGGUUAAUAAAAUUGGUUAUUGACAUCCCAAUCAGAUAUACAUAAUGUAUUCUUUUGGUUCAUGUAUGGUGUACCUUAGCAUCAAAACCAUACAGAUCUUCACCAAUAGUUGGCCCACAGAACUUGUAUGCUUGAAUGUAUUUGACAAGUUGUGGCCUUUAUGAAAUAUAAAGGUGGCAUCAUCCAAAUUAAAUAGUGAAAGGAUUAGCGUCCCUUGGCCUGUUUAGGAAUAACUGGUUUAACACCUAGUAGUAUUACUGAGCCAAAUAUUGCUGAUUAAAGAUUUGUAUUUGCACAUGGAUAAAAAUGAAAAUAUGAUUUAUCCCACAUGGUGUUAAUGAGGAUUUUUUGCAUAAUGUGGUAUUGAUAACGUACAUUGAAUUAACUUUGAGUGCCUUAGUAAUUUAGUCGGCCACAACGUUAUAAAAUAACCAAGCCAUGAUUGAUAACUCUUUAAAAGUGUUAUGGUAAUGUUUCACACACCUUGUGAGUCAAAUGUAAUAGCUUGUGAGUUGCAAGUGCUGAGAUAUUGGAGAUUUAGCCAUGAGAUUUAAAGCAGCAAAUUUUUCUUCAAAGGCGUUUUGCGGCUAAAUCUGCAAAACCGUGGCACUUGCCGCAAAUCAUAGGCUGUUACAUUUGACCAUAUGUCAUUGGUGGGUUUUUGUGUUAAAUUGUGUUUUCUUCUUAUUUUAAGGGAAAAAAAUCCAGUUUAUUCCUGUGACGUAAUAUGUACAGUGGUCAUACAUUCUUUCUUCCUCCUUCACAUCAUAGAUGUGAAUAACGUGCAUCAGGAGAGGAGCCUUGUAUUUUGCCGCAAUCACUGGACAUGUUAGUUGUAGUGCCCAAAGGGAAGUCUAGUGAUAUGACCAACCUUUCAGUAAUACCCCUUUUCCACUAGCUCAAAAAACACGGGUAAAUGCACGGGGGCGCGCAUUUACCCGUGUUUUUGGCAAGUGGAAAAGGGUCAACCCGGAUCAAGUGACCCGUGAAUCCUACCCGGCUAUU